GGAGCAUCGUGUCGCGCUGGCGGGAAAGUAGAACCGGGUGACACAGCGCUGUGCUCGGCCACAUUCCUUUUCUCUAGAAUCCGGAGGAGCCUUUAUCAUGAGUCGUUCCCGAGAAGAAGUGGAGGCCACGCUGCAGAUCGCCAAGCUGAACUUGGAGGAUCUGCGCAGCACGGUGCAGUGUCUGACCUUCAGCGAGACCUUCACAUCAGGGGAUUUCAACCUGAUGGAGCUGGAUGACGGCCUCUGUAAGGAGAUCGAGGCGGGAGGGAGCCUUAUAAUUCGAGGUGACAAGGCGGAUCACGCCGUCCUGUGCAGUCAAAACAGAACCUAUGACCUGAAAAUCGCUGAUACCUCCAAUUUACUGUUGUUCAUCCCAGAAUGUAAAACAUCGGAGCUCCUGCCGGCUGAUCAGCUGCCACUGAGCAUCACACCAUGUGAGAUUGCGGGAUUCUCUAGUCAUUACUGGGAGUUGAGGAGAUGCAGACCCAAACUGAAGAAGUUGAAGAAACUCAUGUUAGAAAACCCUUAUGAAGGGCCAGAGAACGAGCAGGACACAAGUGCGUCAAUGUAUACGACAGAUGACCUACUGGAUCAGAUUCAAGCAAGCUAUGAAGAAUUAAUGGACCACCUGAAAGUCAUACACGCAUGCAAUGUUAAAGGAUUUUGGAGACUUCUGGACUUUGAUUAUGAAAUGAAGCUUCUGAAUCACAUCACCCAGUUAUUGGACUCUGAAUCGUGGUCCUUCAGCCGAGUACCUCUGAAAGUGUGUCGUGAAGAGCUACGACCUCUUGAGCCAGAAGAGAUGAUUGAGCACUGCUUGGACUGUUACGGGAGAAGGUUUUCUGAGGGAGAAGAAGUUUUCUUUGCAUUAGAUGAAGAUAAAAUCUGCAGGGCCACCGCUCAGAUGCUGCUCCAGAACGCUGUGAAAUUUAAUCUUUCGGAGUUUAAGGAAGUCUGGCAGCAGAGUGUUCCUGAAGGCAUGACCUCCAGGCUGGAUCAGCUAAAAGGACUUGCCUUGGUGGAUCGAACCUCCCGACCUGAGACCAUCUUUCUUCUGAAGACAGAGGACCUACCCGAAGACACUCAGGAGAGGUUCAACUCACUUUUCACUAUGAGAGAGAAGUGGACAGAAGCUGAUAUUUCACCAUAUAUACAGGAUCUGUGCGGGGAGAAGCAGACCAUUGGAGCCCUGCUGACUAAAUAUGCACGAUCGUCUCUUCAGAAUGGCAUUAAAGUGUAUAAUUCUAGGCGACCACUUUCUUAAAGCAAUGCUCUCAUCCUG